AUGCCCAGGUGCCCCCCACCACAGGGUUCAGCUGACUCCUACACCAGCCGCCCGUCCCUGGACUCCGACGUGUCCCUGGAGGAAGACCGCGAGAGCGCCCGGCGCCAGGUGGAGAGCCAGGCCCAGCAGCAGCUCGACAGAGCCAAGCACAAGCCAGUCGCCUUCGCCGUCCGCACCAAUGUCAGCUACUGCGGCGCACUGGAUGAGGAGUGCCCGGUGCAGGGUGCCGCCAUCAACUUCGAAGCCAAAGACUUCCUGCACAUCAAGGAGAAAUACAGCAACGACUGGUGGAUCGGGAGGCUAGUGAAGGAGGGGGGAGACAUCGCCUUCGUGCCCAGCCCCCAGCGCCUGGAGGCCAUGCGGCUCAAGCAGGAGCAGAAGGCCAGGAGACCAGGCAACGCCUCCGGCCUCAGUGACAUCGGGACCCGGCGAUCGCCUCCCCCCUCACUAGCGAAGCAGAAGCAAAAGCAGACAGAGCACAUCCCCCCCUACGACGUUGUCCCCUCCAUGAGGCCCGUGGUGCUGGUGGGACCCUCCCUAAAAGGAUACGAGGUGACAGAUAUGAUGCAGAAGGCUCUUUUCGACUUCCUCAAGCACCGGUUCGAUGGCAGGAUCUCUAUCACCCGCGUCACAGCAGACCUGUCGCUGGCCAAGCGCUCUGUGCUCAACAACCCAGGCAAGCGCGCCAUCAUCGAGCGCUCCACCACACGCUCCAGCAUCGCGGAGGUGCAGAGCGAGAUUGAGCGCAUCUUCGAGCUGGCCAAGUCGCUGCAGCUGGUGGUGCUGGAUGCCGACACCAUCAACCACCCGGCACAGCUGGCUAAGACCUCGCUGGCCCCCAUCGUCGUCUAUGUCAAGGUGUCCUCGCCCAAGGUGCUGCAGCGGCUCAUCAAGUCCCGGGGCAAGUCUCAGGUGAAGCAUCUCAAUGUCCAGAUGAUGGCAGCCGACAAGCUGGUGCAGUGCCCCCCGGAGCUCUUUGAUGUCAUCCUGGAUGAAAACCAGCUGGAGGAUGCGUGCGAGCACCUGGCCGAAUACCUGGAGGUUUACUGGAGAGCCACACACCACCCCUCGCAUGGGCCCGGCCCUGCCACGCCACCCACCGCCAUCCCAGAGCUCCAGACCCAGCAGCUGCUGGGGGACCGGGGCAAUGAGCACUCGCCCCUGGAGCGCGACAGCCUGAUGCCGUCAGAUGAGGCGAGCGAGACAUCACGGCAGCCCUGGGCAGCCUCGUCGCCACGUGGCUCCCGGCACCUGGAGGAUGAGUACACAGACGCCUACCCCGACCUGUACCAGCCACACCGGCACCGCCACAGCGGGCUGCACAGCACCAAUGGGCACGACUCCCAGGACCGCCUGCUGGAGCGUGACGGCGGCCAAGGCCACUGGCAGCGCAGCCGGCCCUGGGCCAAGGACAGCUACUGAGGGACCCCCGCCCAGGCCUGGCAUCCCUGUCUCCAAGCAGCCCCACAGGGCUCAGGGAGCUGCUGGGCAGGGCCCUGCGUGCCCAGAGCUUGUGUGCCUCCAGCUGAGCCAUGGGCAGGGGGCAUCCCCCCUCUUUCCCCCACCCCCAGCCUGCAUGGGUGUGACCCCUCCGGGCCUUGCGCAGGGUGGUAGGGGGGACACAGGUCAUCUCCCCGCAGGUGACCCGGCUCAGUCUCCCAGGAGGGUGGCAGCGCAGCACAGAGACCCUGAGGAGCCAGGACUCCUAGGUUCCACUCCUGGCUUGGGCACCUCCCCCCGUACCCUCUUCCCCCCCUCACUGCUUCGAGGGCCAGGGACAGGGCAGCCCCUGCCCGAGCGCGUCACCCUCCCUCUUGGAAUUGCACCCACGAAUGCACGUCCACCAACUGUGCCCUGCCGCCCUCUGCCGGACGGAGCGGGCUGGGGGGGGGCCGAUGCCCGCGGUGCCGCAGCAGCGCCUUUGUUACACCUUUUGUAGAAAGCACCGAUCUCCCCGAUGACACGUCGCCCGUUUCAACAAGAACCUUUGCAGAUCAUGUGUAGUGUCUGCCUUG